AAUGAAUGUAGAGGUAUAUUCUUGUAUGUAUGUACACAAUCAGAAGCAACCUAGAGCUCUGUCGAAGGAAAUGGGAGAUGACAUGUGCAGGCUGUUAAUGCUUACUGCCUCUUUGUGUGCUUACACUAACACGGAGCACCCCGCAGCAUCAACCACAGACCCCGCAGGUAUCAACUUGUCCUUUAACAAGACCAAUGCUCGCCUUUACCAUUACUGCAGCCCCGGGAGAGUUUGGUAGGGACUGCCUUUUCUUUCGAUUUUGAACCCUUGGAUUACAGGUGCCAACUACUGAAUCCUGCAGAAGCCAGUGUGGGAUGAACAGGACGCUGCGAGCUUCUUCAGCCCACGUGCCAAGACACCACUGACGAGGUCUCGACUUCGUGCCUUGCUUAAAACCAAACUCCAAACACCCCUCAUCAACCACGUCCGCACCGCUUCGGUCACCACAUCUGGCGUCCCAACUAUUUGUCUUUCUGCAACAUAAUAACCCGGCGCCCUCCUCCAGACAGUUGCUAUCCUCAAUCUCUACAAUCCCAUCUCCCACCCUCCCGCCGACAGCGGCGCUCAUCUGCCACUACCCGCUGCCUACCAUCGCAUCACCCCCACGGGCGGGCCAAAACAACAUCUCUCCUUCCCCCCGACCCCCCUCCUCACAAACCAAACCUACUCCCGAACGACCUCAACCCCGCCUCGGUGGUAGCCCCUCGCCCACCAUGUCCAACACCGACUUCCUCGACCGCGCCAUCAAACAAGUCCGCACCGCCAUCGACGCCGACAACGCAGCCCAAUAUGAAAAAGCCUACCAGCUCUACUACGCCUCCCUCGAGCUCUUCAUGCUGGCCCUCAAGUGGGAAAAGAACCCAAAGUCCAAAGACAUGAUCCGCGCCAAAACAGCUGAGUACAUGGACCGCGCCGAAAAGCUCAAAGCCCACCUCGCCGACGCCGAGUCCAAGAAGAAAAAACCCGGCCUCGUCGGCGCGAACGGCUCCUCCACCGCCGGGACGGCAAAAGGGAAGGAGGCGGGGGAGGAUGGUGCGCCUGAACUAGAUGAGGAUAGCAAGAAGCUGAGGUCGGCGCUGGCAGGCGCCAUCUUGCAGGAGAGACCUAAUGUCAGCUGGGAUGACGUUGCUGGGUUGGAGCAGGCGAAGGAGGCGUUGAAGGAGGCGGUUUUGUUGCCGAUCAAGUUUCCUCAUUUGUUUCAGGGGAAGAGGCAGCCUUGGAAGGGGAUUUUGCUCUAUGGGCCGCCGGGGACGGGAAAGAGUUAUUUGGCCAAGGCGGUGGCUACCGAGGCGAAGAGUACGUUUUUUAGUAUUAGCAGUUCUGAUUUGGUGAGUAAGUGGAUGGGUGAGAGUGAGAGGUUAGUCAAGCAACUGUUCGCCAUGGCCCGCGAGAACAAACCAUCCAUCAUCUUCAUUGACGAAAUCGACGCCCUCUGCGGCCCCCGCGGCGAAGGCGAGUCGGAAGCCUCCCGGAGAAUAAAAACGGAGAUGCUCGUCCAGAUGGACGGUGUAGGCAAAGACAGCAAGGGGGUUCUCAUCCUCGGCGCGACCAAUAUCCCUUGGCAACUCGACGCUGCUAUCCGCCGUCGUUUCCAGAGACGAGUCCACAUCAGUCUACCAGAUCUGGCCGCGAGGACAAAAAUGUUUAGCAUUGCCAUUGGGGACACAAAGACGGCGCUCAAACCCGAAGAUUUUAGAGAGCUGGCGAGGGCGUCGGAGGGUUACUCGGGUUCCGACAUCAGCAUCGUUGUUCAAGACGCGCUGAUGCAGCCGGUCAGAAAGAUUCAGCAGGCGACGCACUUCAAGAAGGUGAUGGUGGACGGCAAGAAGAGGAUGACGCCCUGCUCGCCCGGGGAUCCGGAGGCGGUAGAGAUGACGUGGGAGGGGGUGGAAGGGGAGGAGCUGUUGGAGCCCAUGGUGGAGAAGAAGGACUUUUUGAGGGCUAUCAAGUCGAGUAGGCCGACAGUGUCGCAGGUGGACUUGGAGAGGAACGAGGAGUGGACGAAGGAGUUUGGGAGUGAGGGUGCGUAGACCGUGGAGGGAGGGAGGGAGUUGCUGUGCAUAUGGUCAGAUAUGGGACGCGCGUGGAAACCGCAGGCCAGGCGUGCGGCGUUUUACAAGACCUUUUUCAAGUGUUAGCAUCGAGAACGGGCGCAAUGGAAACUGCGGCGAAGUAAUAUUCUGAUUUGGGGUCAUGAUCAAUAAUUAUGCGUCAGUUCCACAUCACAACGGAUUUAGCCAACGAGGGUCAAAAUUCUGAAACUUAUUAAAACUCAUUCUUGUUUUCG